UCAAUAUAAACACGCAAUGUAAAUAUAGAUAUAUGCUGCCCUAAAAGAGAAGGAGAGGUGAAACGUGUUCUAAGAAGUCGUUUCCGAGCUGUCAAGCUUGAGUAGUUGUACUGCCUCGGGCCACAAGACAUUAUACUAAACGAAAGCAGAGAAAAUGCAAUAUGGCGACAGGGAUUACCAUACCAUCGAUAGAGCUGAAAAGGUUUAUUUCCUGUGAUUGUUUGUGUGAUUGAUUGGAACGAGAAAGUUUACAUCUGGAUAUUGUAACAUAGAUCGAUGCUCCAAAUAAUGAACCUGGAUUAAGUGUCAAAAAAAGUGUUCUUCUUGUCUUUUAAUUAUUUCACUGGAGUACUUGUAUAAAAAAUAGAUUUUUUUUUAAACCUGAGUUCUUAAUUGGAAAUGUAUUCAUGAAGGAUAUUUAUAACGUGCCCAUUAACCCUAUGACCAAAUCAUCAGAAACAAUGGUAGAAGGGCUGGAAAGCCAAAAUGGAUAUUCUUGUUUAUCAUUAAAAGUCCUUGGACAUUCCACGUGUAAACUACUGUCCAAUCAUCUGGAUAUUCCUGCAGACAUUGUGACAGAAAAUGGAUUAACUCCAGACGUGUUUGGAUUAGCCGAACUAGCUGGAUUUGAUUCCAGUUACGUUAGGCGAUUGGCAACAAAACCAGAGAAGACUGUUGUGCUGUUAGAGGCGUGGUCCAGAAAAUCCGACGGAACCAUCGGAAGGCUUCUGACGUCUUUGGAUGCUCUUGGAAGACUUGAUUGCAAAACCGAUAUUACUCCCAGUAUUGCAAGAGAUAUCAAGAAUUGGCUGGACAGUGAUACCAAAGAACCAAACCGUUUAGUCGUAGAUACCCCACGCACCCAACCUCCAAAGUUACGUCUUCCUGCUCCAACACCAAACAACUUCCAGCGAGGGGACAUAUUCUCCUCGCCAGUGGACAGUGUCUCUUCACCAGUGUCCCCCACAAAGUCCACAGGAGACCAAAGUGACCACAGCGAUGGACCAUUGACCUUGGACGAUCUUGAUGGAAACCAGGCAUCGUAUGUUGCUUGUAUAUGUUGCUCAGAUGAAGACAUAGAAAUUGCUCACACGAUUAUCGAAGCCUACAGAGAGGUAACGAAUACUGUACAAUUCUUCCUUCCCCAGGAACAACUAUUGGGCGGAAAAUACGAGUACGAAUCCCUAGCAGAGGUCAUUGAAGACAGGUGUGACGGUCGCCUUCUUGUCAUUAUGUCGAAGACUUAUGGUGCCAGUUCUGCCUGUAUAUUCUCCACACAGUUCGUCAAGUCCUUAGAUCCAGACGCAAAGAGAAGAAAGAUCAUCCCCAUCAUAAAGGAUGAAGACGCCUCCUAUCCCAGGGUUCUCCGCGGCAUCAAUGCAAUAAAGCUCCAACGUCUCAAAUAUACUCUACCAUUCUGGAAACUUCUGUCUGCUUCUUUGGAAAUAAAAUACAUUCCCAAGUAUAAUCCGUCAGACAGUUCCUUUUCGUCUUCAUCCAGCGCCAGUGCAAACAGUUCAUCCAACUCAUAUUCAAGCAAUAGUUUAUCAGUUCCUUCCUCCUCGAUGAAUUCGUACUCUUCGUCAUCGUCAGGCAAAUCUAACCGCUCUAGGACUUUUUCAAUAGAAUCUCUGGAAAGUAUCAUCGAUAACGAAGAAGUGCCAGACGUGUCCCGGAUACAUAACAUACAGCGACCAUUUUCGUCAAACAACUGUGGUCAAAACAUAUCCAAGUCCAGUAAUUGUCAUAGUAAAAUGUCAAAAUCCCCCAAAACGGAAGCUGUGCAGAAAGAUUUUUCAUCUUUGGACAACACUGAAAAGGUGCGGCUUCGACAUUCGAACAGUGAUCAAAAAAUGGCAAAUUCUUCAGACAAUUCAUGUUCCAGUUGCAACCCAGGAACCGUGAAAAAAUCCAGUAAAAAAUUUGUGACGAAAAUCAUGAAAACAUUUAGAUUUAGAAGUAAAAGCUCAAAGUCCUUGAUUGAUGAUCCCGGUAAUUCUUCGAAAACGCCUACAACAUUUCGAUCUACUUCAGAGCCUGUUGAAGGCAUCCAGAGAUCAUUCAAGUCGUGUGAUGACAUUUUCGGUGAACAAAGAAGAGAAAAGUCCAAACUUCACUUUGUUCAAAACAUUGUAACUUCCAUAAAGACUGGCAUUUCCGGUUCCAGAGAAUUCACGAAAAGUGGACAAAAUCUGACUCCGGGGACGAGUUGUGAAAGAUUAUCUUCUCCGGUUCGAUCUUCGAGUAGUCUUCAAUCGAACGACGCAGCUCCUGGUGUUGAACUUCCGCUUAAUAUCAGCAUGGACACUUUUAACGUGAUUCAGAGAGAGUAUUCUUUUGAAGGCAAUUCAGAGUCAGCUAUCAUGCGAUCAUCUAACAGUUACUCAGACACCAAUACGGAAUCGGCCAUUCUGCGAGGGGCCGGAUCGACCGAAAGCAUAGAUGACAAUAAUGCACAAUUUUCACUUUGUUGAUUAUUAUUUGGCAAAAUAUUGAAAAGUCCCUUUAUACAUGUGUGAUGAGAUUUGUGUGAUGAAUUAGAAAAUGAAAAAUAUGUAUACACUUUGGAUGUUGAUAGGUUCAAGUCUAAUGUCUGUUAUUUUUUUUAAUACGAAAGUAAAUUCGAAGGUUUGUUGGGAAGGGUGGUUAUUAAGCUAAAUGUUUUUAUGGCAUUUUGAAUAUAUUUGUGUUUAAUGUUUCCUGAUGCAUGUGAAUAUAUAUUUGUAAAGUAUUAUCAAUUGUGUUUUAAAACCAUAGUGUAUGUGUAUAUACGUGUAUGUAAAUGUAAAAAUCUAUAUGACAUUUAUUA